CUCCAUAUCAUCGCGCUUUGUUCUCGGUCAGGACAAGAAAUUGAAAGCAAGAGCAGGCAGAGGAGGAGGAGGGAAAAAGUCGUGGCAAAGAUGAGCGACGUGCCAGUGAUCGAUCUGCAAGAAUCUGCAGAUAAUCCUCAAGAGCUGAAGAUGAAGAGGCUGAGAGAGGCGUGCGAAGAUUGGGGAUGUUUCAGAGUGACGAACCAUGGGAUAGAUUCAAACCUAAUGUCUGAGAUGAAGAAAGUGGUGAGAUCGCUACUUGAUCUUCCUGUAGAGAUCAAGAUGCGAAACACUGAACAAGUAAUUGCAGGAAGUGGCUAUAUGGCUCCAAGUGCGGUGAAUCCUCUCUACGAGGCUUUGGGACUCUACGACAUGGCUUCUUCUCACGCCGUUCUAUCUUUCUGCUCUCGAUUAGACGCCUCUCCGCACCAAACGAAGGUCAUAGAAGCAUAUGGGAAAGCAAUUCAUGAGUUGUUGAUGGAUAUAUCAAAGAAGAUGGCAGAGAGUUUGGGAUUGAAAGGAGUUGAAUAUUUUAAGGGAUGGCCAUGUCAGUUUAGGAUUAACAAGUACAGUUUCACACCAGAAAGUAUAGGGUCAACUGGUGUACAGAUCCACACAGACUCAAGCUUCCUCACCAUUCUGCAAGACGAUGAAAAUGUGGGAGGCCUUCAAGUCAUGAACAAGUCUGGUUCCUUUGUGGAUGUGCCUCCUUGCCCAGGGACCCUCUUUGCCGUUCUUGGUGAUAUUGCUCAUGUAUGGAGUAAUGGCAGGUUCGGGACAGUGAAGCAUAGAGUAGAAUGCAAGGAAGCUAGUGUGAGAAUCUCAAUAGCUUCAUUCCUGUUGGGACCAAAGGAGGGAGAUAUAGAAGCGCCAGAGGAGCUUGUGGACUCUGAUCAUCAUCCUCGUCUCUUUCUUCCUUUCUCUUAUGAACAUUACAGGAAACUUAGGGUAUCCCAGAAAAUGCAUGCUGGGGAAGCCCUUGCCUUAUUACGUGUUUCUACAUGUGCAUCCUCUGAUUAAAUUUAGAUAUUCAACUUAUCAUCUAAAUUUAAUCUUAAUGGUCUGGAUGUAAUCUUAAAUUAUAUUAGUUCCAGUCCUUAAUAUAAGAAUUAGUUUAACAUUCAA